GAGGCCAAUAUCACAGACACAUAGAUUCCAGGAGAAAAAAAGAUUAAAAAAAAAAAAAUCCAAAAUCUUCUCACCUUAUCGAACUUCAAGAGACUUCCAAGAUCUGGUGAAUAACCAUGGAAGAAGGAGACGUUUUCAAUUGCUGUUUCAGAGAAAUUAAUAGUGGCAUAUCCAUGAGUAAGAAGAAGAUGAAGAAGAGCAAUACUCAGAAGAGGUUUAGUGAGGAACAGAUCAAAUCACUUGAGGUUAUAUUCGAGUCUGAGACGAGGCUCGAGCCGCGAAAGAAGGUGCAGGUUGCUCGAGAACUAGGGCUGCAACCAAGACAAGUGGCUAUAUGGUUUCAGAACAAGAGGGCUCGUUGGAAGACUAAGCAGCUUGAGAAAGAAUAUAACAUUCUUAGAGCCAAUUACAAUAAUCUGGCAUCACAAUUUGACAUCAUGAAGAAAGAAAAGCAAGCUCUGGUCUCCGAGUUGCAGAGACUAAAUGAAGAGAUGCAAAAGUCAAAAGAAGAAAGACGUGAUGAGUGUUGUGGUGAACAAAGAAUAGCUCUCAGCAGUACCACAUGGUCAGAAAAUGGAAAGUGUGAGCCAGAAGUUAGGAUAAAUCAAGAGAUUGUUCUGUGUAAUGAUGACAUUAAGACAGAGUAUUUUGGAUUUGAGGAGGAGUCUAAUCACGAGCCCACGAACAUUGUGGAGCAAGCUGAUGAUAGUUGCUUGACUUCAUCUGAUAAUUGGGGAGGCUUCAACUCUGAUUCUAUCUUAGACCAAUCUAGCAGCAAUUACCCUUGGUGGGACUUUUGGUCAUAAUUCAUAAACAAAACAACUAAGUGCAGAGAACGAGUGUGUAUAUACUUCUGUAGAAUGUGUUAAUAGUGUGUUAAGAUAAAUAAUUAAUGUUCAUUUUGCAUCGUUAUGCAUACGUUGUGUUA